UUCCCUCCCAAAAGACUAAGGGGGAACGGAGUCGCUGCUUCCUCCUCUUCGUCUCCAAAUUCGUCCGCCUCUCCCACGUCUCCUUUCUUCUUCAACUGACUGUGUUACUACAACUGCUCGCAUUGCUCUCCUCCCAUCCGUUUGGGGAGGCGGCUUCCGAUGCCCCGAUAAAUGGGGAAGCCGGAGGAAGUCCGCGUCGAGGUCCCCGAUCGAGUCCUCGCCAACUCCGCGGCCGGAGGAGGGGGCGGUCGCGGAGGAGACGCCGGGAUCCGCCGGGCCGUCUCUCUGAGGUGCCUCGUCGUUCUGGCCCUCGGCUCUUGCGUGCUGCUCUCUGCCAUCUUCUGGUUCCCUCCUUUCCGCAGCCGACGGUCCGGGUUCGUCACUGACGACCCCGACAGCCUUCACGCUGAAAUCCAGGCAAGUCUUGUUUUGCAAAAACCAAUUUCACUGCUUGGUACUAAGGCUGCAAGAUUGGAGAAUGACAUUCUUGAGGAAAUUGGUAUUCCAAAUACUAAGGUUUCAGUUAUCUCCAUGCAUUCGCUGGAUCCAGAAAACUCUACAUACGUGGUCUUUGGUUUUCUUCCUGACCCAAAAAAUGCCUCAAUAAGCUUACCAGCAUUAAGUAUUUUGAGAUCAACUUUGAUAAAUCUGGUCCUUCAGCAAAUUAAUAUAUCUUUGACAUCAUCAAUUUUUGGGCAUCCAUCAUCUUUUGAACUUUUAAAGUUUCCUGGAGGGAUAACUGUGAUACCUUUGCAGUCAGAUUCCAUUUGGGACAUUGCUCAAAUCCUAUUUGACUUCACAUUAAAUAACAACAUUGAAGAGAUUCUGGAGAACAUUGACCGCUUGAAGGACGAACUUAAGUUCGGAUUGAAUUUGAGGUCUUAUGAGAAUGUAUACGUGAAGCUGACAAAUAUAAACGGUUCCACGGUGACACCACCAGUUACUGUUGAAGCUUCUGUUUUGUCAGACAUGGGGAGCGGUAGUCUAUUACCAGAUAGAAUGAAACAACUAGCUCAGGCUAUCACAAGGCCCAAUGCUAACAAUCUUGGCCUCAACAACUCUGUUUUUGGAAAAGUAAAGCAAGUGCAAUUAUCAUCGUACCUUGAACACUCACUCUCAAUGGCCCCUGGUCCAUCGCCAUCUGGUUCUCCAUCUGUUGGCAAUCUUUACCCUGAACCUCCUGCUUCCUUGAACCCUACUCUCUCUCCUGCUCCUGUUCCAUCAGAUAAUGACCAUCGACCGCCUCCAUGUUUCUGUUGUCACACUUUUCCAAUAAAAAAUCCAAUGGCAUAUGCACCUGCCCCAGAAAAUGGCAUCCAGCCAGAUUCUCAGUCUGCAAGUGCACUUGGACCUUCAAGAAGGAAUGUUGAUCCUUUUACUAACUGCUUUCCUUGUCCAUCUCUUGCACCAAAUACUGGUUCAUCAGUUCAUCCUUAUCCACCAACUCUUUCUGGCCAUUUACGACACUUGACCAGUCCUCCAAGUCUCAAAGCAAUGGGGCCAACUCCCAAAGUGCACUCAAAACAAUCACCAUCAUCACCUGCAGCUAGCUAUGCUUCCAGGCCUGUACAAGUCAGUGAAAGUGGUAGCAGAGUGUCUCCAGCAACUUUGUUAUCAUAUGCAUCAUCCUCUUUAUUUUGUGCAGGAGACCCACUGAAUAGGCUAGUUGGGUGUUCAAGGUUGAUUGGGCAGGCCUGUUGAGCAAUUCAGUCAUUACUUGCAAUGUGAAAUUAGUAUAGCUGCUCCAAAGCUUUUUGAGCGCUGUACUGGAAUUAUUAUCCAGUAAGCAAUCUACACCCCAUAGAGUAAGGCAAGUGCUCGUGUGAAUUGGCAAUACAUGUCUGUAUCAGGUCAAAUUUCACCAUCACAGGCAAAUUUUUUUUAUUUAUUAUUAUUAUUUUUUCAUUGUCUUUUCCUGUUACAAUUGCUCUGAAUUCCUGCGUACUGUAAUUUAAUGUAAUAAGUUUUUAGGUAUUGUUAUGCUUUAAUUUAUUUUUGCCUUCCUGAUCAAAAUAUAUACUUCAACAGCCUCAUCUGGCAGUGUUUCUAGUUAAAGGAUUCUAGCAUUGUCCUUCCUCCAGGAGAUUCCCAUGUUGAGUACUUGAGUGUUCCCUGUGUGGAUCAAAAUAUAGUCUGAAGCAGACAAAAUAAUAUGUUGAUUAGGCUGGGAAUUGCAAGGCAUGAGAAAUCAUCAUUAACUAACUCAUUGCACAAAGAAAAAAUAACCAUAAAAUAAGUCAAAGAUUUUAUUUUCCUUUAUCAUAUCUAGUUGUAAUCUUGCAUCAGGAUUGAUAUGGUUUUUUUCAACCAGGAUUCUUUAUCUUUUGUUAGUUCAUAUGAAGGGUGAUGUGGUUAUUCUGCAUAUUGAAGUAUUUUUCUUUUAUUAUUUUAGUUUGGGCCAGUAGUUGAGAUAUUGCUUUCUCUACUAAAAUUUCUGCUUUAUUUGAGAUGAAAGCAAAGAUU